AUGUGCUCUACAAACUGUACUCAUUGUCUGGGAGUGGUGCUCCUGCAUACAGCGAUGUUGAGUAUAUUCCUUAAUACUCUGCUCUUCUUCCCCUCACUGCAACGAGUAUCACCUGACAAAAUUUCUGAUGAGAUCUGGUUGCUUGGAGGACUUGUGGGAAGUGGGAUCGUGAUGCUUUUCCCUGCUGUUGUAUACUUAAGGCUAAGGAAGUUUACCUGCUGGGGAUGCUUUCACCAUCCUGCAUGUGGGAAGUCACUUUCAAAUAUCAAUGCUCUGGUAUUUUCUUCUAUUGGAAUCGUAGGAUCAUCAUAUGGAUUACUUGUAGCAUUGAUAGCUCUUUAUAGGGGUCCCAAAUGUUUUGCAGGAGGAGAUAAAUGGGAAUAUCCCUUCAAUAAAGGGAACUAUCUAGUCGAUUUGAAAUUUUGGAAAGACUGCAAAAGUCCCCGCUAUAUUGUGCCCUGGCACUUGAGUAUUUUCAUCAUUCAGGGGCUAUCAAGUGCCACUCAGUGUGUAAUAUGCGCCUUUGAGCUGAUCUCCAGUCUCUUAGGAAUAGUCUUUGUAUCAGAAAAGUGCCCAUGGGCACGCAGAGGUUCUUUCGUCCUGCGAGGGUCCUUGUAUCUUGAGUUCUCCAUCGUCAUCAAUGGAAACUUUCAAAAGCUCCUUCCCCCAGGUGAAUUUUGA